AUGGCUCACAACGACUCGGGGAUCAGCGAGCCGCUGAUCUCCAACGACACACAAGAAGCAGAUGCGCGGGAGGAGACCUUUGUAGGGUCAGCAAACCCUUUCGUGUGGGCUCUCACUAUCUCGGCGUGUGUGAGCGGUCUUCUCUUCGGCUACGACACCGGCGUCAUCUCCUCCACCCUCGUCUCGAUCGGAACCGACCUGUCCCACCGCGACCUCACGAACCUCGACAAAGGCCUCAUCACGUCUUGUACGAGUGCCUUUGCGCUAGUUGCGAGUCCGAUCGCUGGAGUUUUGGCAGACAGAAUAGGUCGCAAGAACAUCAUAAUCAUUGCCGACUUCCUCUUUGUGGCCGGCGCGCUAUGGCAGGCCUACACAAGCACUGUCGCUGGGAUGAUAUUCGGCAGAAGCGUUGUUGGCCUUGCCAUUGGCGCCGCGAGUUUGAUUACACCACUCUACAUUUCUGAGCUCGCUCCGAGCCAUCUACGAGGUCGACUCGUCACAGUGUCCUUACUCUUCAUUACGGGCGGGCAGUGCUUAAGCUACACCAUUGGCUGGCUCUUUUCUACCAUGCCAGGUGGUUGGAAGUGGAUGGUUGGCCUGGGUGCGUUGCCCGCCAUCCUUCAAGUUCUACUCCUGAUCUUCAUGCCUGAGACACCUCGAUAUCUCUGCAAAGCUCAAAGGCAAAGCGAAGCAAAAGCGAUCCUCAUCAAGGUGUACGACCGCAUCAGUGUCAAACCAGAUCAGACCGCCGCGAAUAUCGUUCGCGCUAUCAAUCAGGAGAUCAAUGAAGAGUCAGAGUCACGGCUCACUCUCGGAAAAGAUCACCCUGGGUCGUCUCGAGUUAUUCUACCAGCCACUCUGUCAUCCCUACUACUGUACGCGCCGCACCGUCGUGCCUUGAUCAUUACGUGCAUGCUCCAGGGGCUUCAGCAACUAUGUGGUUUUAACUCGCUCAUGUACUUCUCAGCAACCAUAUUUGAGCUCUUACACUUCUCUUCACCGACUCUCACCUCCCUUUCCGUCGCUGGCACGAACUUCCUUUUUACGAUCGCGGCCUUUUACCUAAUCGACCGCAUUGGCCGCCGGCGAAUCUUACUCCUUACGAUACCCAUCAUGGCGUUGGCUCUGCUGCUUUGUGCUGGGAGCUUUACACUUAUAGAAGCACCUCAAUCACCAACCUCACCAUCACAAGCUCCUUCUAACCCCGCGAAUCCUCCGGUGCCGAAGUCCAGCGGCCCGGCGCUCGCAGUCCUCAGUUCCCUCCUUCUCUACGUCUCUGCGUACGCCACAGGCCUCGGACCAGUUCCAUGGCAACAAUCAGAGUUGUUCCCUCUUUCCGUCCGCUCGUUGGGCUCAUCCUUAGCAACGGCCACCAAUUGGGGUUCCAACACCAUAGUCGGCCUAACAUUUCUACCCAUGAUGCAGUUUCUCACGCCUGGAUGGACGUUCGUGUGCUAUGCGGUUGUCUGCAUUGCCGGCUGGGUCAUUGUGAAGAUGAUCUAUCCAGAGACUAUGGGUCUGGGCCUCGAAGAAGUCGGUGAACUGCUCAGCGAGGGGUGGGGAGUUGACAAGAGCACUGUCCCUGGUAGGAGGAAGCAGUCAGUAACUUCUUGA